CACUUCAGUAAUAAACACACCGAUCAUUACACACCGCUGGAACCUCUCAUGCACACUCGGAACUGCCGCUCCACACCGAGCACUGUCCGCUAACAUGUGACCGCUCUCCGCUGGAUGUGUGAAUGCUCCACAAAGUGCUUCACGGGAAAAGCCUGAGUCCCGAGCCCGCAGCGGGAGGAUGGACGGACGCUACCCGGGUCCGGGCUUUGCAGAGCGGCGGGGCUCUGCAGGAGAGACCGCGGACUGGGCUAACAGCAGCAGCGCUACGGUCAGCACCAGUUAUGGUUCUACACAGACAGAGACGGAGCUUCUCCAUCGACAGACCUACACUUCCAGUAAUACACUUUCUACAUACACCACGUCUCGCCACCCAGUAGGUGUGUCUGGUGUCUUUGAUACCAGUCUGCACAACAGCGUAAGCAGCACUACUGAAUCUUCAAUCAUGAAUUUCCUUAAUUCUGUUGAAUCCAGAGGCCUUCAGGCUGGACCUGCAGCCACCACUCUACUUCCACCAUUAAGGACCACCCUGUGGCAGAGCGGUACACAUUCUUCAACAGAACUUUUUCUUACUGGAGCUCUUCCUUCAUCUGCAACCUUCUCCACACUGGCAGGUCUUUCUUCCUUCCAGCACCCCAGCACCUUUCCUACUAGGAGCUUUCCUACCACCUCUGCACUGACUGUUCAACACACUACAUUCAGCCCUUCAAAUGGCCUGUUGCCUCCUAACGAUCCUCUUCUUCAAAUUAAACCCUCUCACACCACUGUGCAAACAGCUUUUGCCUUUGAACGCCUGGGUGGAGCUUCAUUGGGUGCCAACCUUCCAAUCCAGUCAUCCACAUACCGUUCAGCCCAGGAGUCCGCCCCACACCUCCUGCAGCCACAGUUCAGCCUGCUGCCCUCUUCAAUAAACAACUCUCAAUCAGCUUCUCAGCCUUAUGGAGCUCCUGUUUUUUCGAGCUCCCUUGAACGAGCACUUCAGCGAGAAUGUAGUGUUAUCAAGCACCACCAGCGGCCUUCCAGCACCCAGCCAGUCCAGCAGCACCAGCUCUCUGGUAGUGCACAACACUCUUUGCUGGGUUACCUGCCUGAUGACAAUGAUAUCUCCUAUGAGGAGGCCUCUCGACAUACACCUGUACCCAACAGUGCCAAUGGAGUCACCAAUGGCACAGCUAAUCAAAAGGCAGCCUUAGUGCCAAUACAGACACUUUCCUCCACUGUAUCCUCACCAGGGUUUUCCUCCUUGUCUGAAUUGGAAGCCAAAGACAAACUUAACAAUAUGGUAAAGCAUAUCAGUGAGGGUACAGACUUGCAUGAUCAGGAAAUGUCUUCUCACAAGCAGCAGCCUAGGUAUGCCCAGAAACAGAGCUCCGUAAUUGCCAGCCAUUCUCAGUCGUACACACCUGAACAGCUUUCCAGCUUGGUGUCCAUCAGCCCUUCACAGACCUACAAUACCUCUCAGAGUCUAAGCAACCUCAGUGAACCACAGUCCUUUUUUUCAAGUCAACCGGAGAAACUACCGCCGAUAUACAAAACUUUGCCAUUGUUUAGUGGCGGGUCAGAAAUUAUGGCAUCUGUUAGCCAGUCUCUUGUGUACUCUUCUGAUCAGGAGCAGAUCUUGUCAUCUGCAGCAAACAAAGAAGACUACGACAAGCAAGUGCAAGGACUUUGCAUGGGCAGUCUUCCUCAGAAUUAUUCCUCCAGUCAGUCUCAGAGUCUGCCAAAUAUCAUGUAUUAUACCCAGGGUUCCACAGCUGAGAGUCCCUCUCAGAGCUACACACCAAGCCCCCACUUUUCACCCACCCAGCCACAAAGUCUACCAUCCGGUAACUCUACCACCCAAGACUUCACCCAAAUGCAGCAUUUUCCAGUUACCAAGACUGAUGGCUUGUUGUUACAGCAACCACAGAAAUACUUGUCAUCUGUCCAAUCACCAGCUUCCUCCACUGCCGCUUAUACACAAGCCUUGAAGGACAACCAGUCCUCAUUGGAACAGAAGCCAGCCUAUAGCAAAAGGAAGCAAGAUGAGAAUGAAUUCCUUACCUCCAAAUACAGGCGUGAAGAGCUUCCCAUUCAAGAAGUGCAAGCAUUACAGCAAGCAUCUAUAGAAAUUUCUACACAGACUUUUACUAAUAAUUAUGUUGGUUCUAAUAGCAACGCUGUGUAUGUUCUUUCAAAAAUGGAAGACAAGCAUGUGCAAAGUGUGAUUCGGAGCAACUCUCGAUCGGAGGAUCAGGUAACAAGCGUUGAACAAAUAUCAUCUAUCAAGAAUGAGAGAACCAGUACUUUGCAUGAAAAUACCCAGCUGAUAAGCAAUGCUAAUCCUGCUGUAACCUCCAGCCCAAAAGAUUCCACAUUUAUGCAGUCUUCUCACGUGGCCUUGAACACUGACCAGCUAAAAGAACCAGUUUUGCCACUCAAAGAUUCCACUGUUCAGCAAGAAAACCAGCAACAUGGUAACAUGUUUCAGGAACAGACUCAGUUUGUUCGUCUUCCCAAUGCCCAGGUUCUCCUGGAUCCCUCACAGAUGAUACUUUUUCAGCAAGCUUUACUUUCUCCAGUGUCAAGCCAAUUCAAGCCAGCGGUCCAAAUCCAACCAGUGUCGUUCCAGUUUCUGCCAGUGAGUAAUGAUGUCCUAAAUUCUGCAGUGAGUCUGCAUGAGAAUCAGCAGCUGACCCUCCAAGCUGUGGAGACUGUGAAGCAGCCCCUGGUACUAAAAGACAGUUUUAGUAGUCAAUCGCAUCCCCAUGACUCCAAACAGCCCUUCAGCUUGAGCUCUAUCUGCUUCCCAGAGUCUGUGAUGAUGGCAGAUGAGAGGAGCAUUCUGUCCAAUGUGGAUGACAUAUUAGCUGCAACAGCAGCUGCUUGUGGAGUUACACCACAGGAUUUUAAAACAUCUGAGGGGCAGCUAGCAUCAAUAUCCAACCCGGCAGACUCCAAGUACCGCUUUCAAUUAGCUGAAAACCAACAGGGAACUAAUAGUUUUACUUCACAGCACUUGAGUGCCAACACCCAGACUUUGACUCUAAAUGGUGGUCAGCUGACAACAGAUAUUGACAAGGAAGUUGAUGGACAUCAUCUAUAUACAACAGCAAACUCUCAAUCACAAGACGUUUCAAAUCAAGAAAUGUCCAAUACAGACCAUCCGGGAAAAAAUAAGACAUUACAAAAGCGACCUCUUAGUAAUGAUUCUUCUCUAAAUUCUAAUGGAAGCAGUGUUAACCCAACCACUCUGAGCCAUUCAGACCUGCAGUCUUCUGCUGCACAGGAAUUGAACUCCACUGGAUUUAUGAAAACAGAUAUGGAUAAGAAUCAACCCAGCGUAAUACAAAAUGUUAAAAUUGAAGGAAACCUAAUAGAAUGCCCCUUAGAUGUUUUAUCUAAGAAGAAAAUUGGGUCUAAAGCUAACUCUAGGCGAGCUGGUGAAGACCAAAAUGUUCAGCCUAAAUCUCAAAAACGAAGUGGCCAGGUGAAGCGACAGAACCCUAAAUGCAGUGAGACGAGUUCUUCUUCUGAUGGAUAUCUUGACAGCUACCAACAGCAGGAAAGAAUACGUCAAAAAAUUAAAGAGGUUGAAGAAAAACAGCCAGAGGUUAAAUCAGGGUUCAUUGGAUCCUUCCUUGAUUUCCUUAAAUCCGGACCCAAACAGCACUUCUCCUCUCCACCCAUACGGUCUCCCAAUCGCACCAAAAAACCUUCAAUCCCAAAGAAACCUUCCCAGCCAUUGCUUGUGCCCUCUCCAGCUGUGCAGCCAGCAACUCCAGUGGUUUCACCAGACAUUAAUAAUGUCAGCUGUGCCAAGAAACUGGACGAGGAGCUUCAGAAAAACUUGGAAACGCUUCCAACAUUUUCCUCUGAUGAAGAGGAAUCAGUUGGAAAAAACAAAGACCUUCAAAAGAGAAUCAGUUCUGCACUGUCCUCUUUAGACGAGUCCUCUGAAAAAAAACGACCAGACAACAGGAAGUCAGGUGAUGGCACAAACCAUGUGCCACCAUUCAGCACCCAGUCGGUGGACAAAAUAAUACAGGAGCAUUCAAAGUCUGUGCAAAAUGUGGUACUUACAGAGGAACUGGUAAAGAACGUACCUCCAAACAAACUUGCUGUACACAUGACGACAGUAGCUAUUGAAGGCCACAUGGACGAGGGCCUCUCGGACAGUGGAGGGGAGGGCAUGUACCGAAUACGAGAUGAGUUCGUGGUCAAAAACGAGGACAUUGAAAGCCUGCAGGUCACUUUACAGGCAGGAAUGGAGCCACCGGCCAUCUGGAAGGUACAAAAAGCUCUACUGCAGAAAUUCAUACCAGAGCUGAGAGAUGGAAAACGGGUGUUUUCAGCAACUAACAGUUAUCUGGGUUAUUUUGGAGAUGCUAAGACCAUGUAUCGAAGAGUAUACGUCAAGUUUCUGGACACUGUGAACAAGCGGGAGUAUGUUCGAGUGUGCAAGAGGAAACCGAGGAGUAAGCCCAUGCAUUCCAUGAGGGCCUCACACAUGAAAGCUCUGCUGGCACAAAGAGCUACAGCACCAUCUGAUUUGGAAACACCUUCACUGAAACCCAGCACAAAGCAAAGUCUGUCCAAACCCAGACCAAGGCAGCCCAAAGUCAAGGCCGAACCUCCACCCAAAAAGAGGAAGAAAUGGAAGGAGGAGUUUACAGCUUCUCCAGAGUCUACCUCCGCUCCAGAAGCCGUGAGUGAAGAUGAUGAGUUUACACCUCCUGUGCCAUUUGCCUCCCGCUUUCUCAACACCAGGACCAUGAAGGAGAGCUUUAAGAGUUUUGUGGAGCUGCUAAUCAGCAUUGCUCUGGAUGCAGACGUCAUGAUCAACCUAGAGAAUGAGAACGAUGAACUUCUGCUGCCUCAUAUGAAGAAGGUGGAUGGAAUGAUCACAGAUAACAGGAGAAGGCUGCUGCCCAAACUACGUGUGGGUCAGGUGUUCAAAAACGCUUUAGACAGCUUGCCUGAAUUGUCAGUGGUGACUGAAGUACAGACUGAUGGAGAGAUGUCCACUUUUAAAGUCCAUCUUAGUGGGAAUACCUACAACAGGAAGACCAUGAGGCCUGAUAAAUCCCUUGUUAAAGUCCCGACGGAGUACAUGGUGGAGCAGCAGAAGACUCACUGGUUUUCUCUUUAUCAUUCACUGCAGCACUACAAGUAUCACACAUAUCUGACCUGUAUGGAGGAGAUUGCCCUGUUGCGUUCUCGAGGACGUGUGGAUUUUGGUCAGGAGGAGACGGUGCAGAAGUGUCUGGGAAACGGUGCAUGGGUGGAGGGUCUGUUUGACCGAUUUGGAGAACUUCUCACACAGGUGCAGCAGGCCUGCCUCUAAAGGAAGCUCAACACUAGAAGCACCAGACCUUUUACAGCACGAAGAGAAUGGAUGUGGAGAACAACGAGAAGAUGGUGAAACAACAAAAGAUCACAUCACAAAAAGUUUUAGAACCACAAAAAGAGAAAGAACCGUUAGAAAUCAACUGGAUAAAACAAGAACUUUUAAAAAGGAACAAAAAGAGCCACAGUAAGACAAACAUUCCUUUUAAAAAGGAUGAAUCUCACAAGAUGAAAUAACAGAAUAGACAGAACCACAAGUUGACAGACCGCUAAAGCAUCUAAAGUUGGAGAACUGAUGAUGGAAGAUGGAACAUAUCAAUAUGCUAUAAGAAUGUGGUUAAUCAUAUAAGGAUGGAGAAACACCAGGAAUUACAAAACACUUAGAACCACAAGGAGAUGGAGAACCAGUACAUGAAAGAGAACCACCACCUGUCGAUAAAGAACUGUAACAUGUAAAAUAACAUAGAUAUAAUGUAGACCCACAAACAUUAAGGAAAUAACAACAAGAAAAUAGAAAACCAUGAAACUGUGUAGACAUUAGAAUGUGAAGAAUUAGCAUUUAAUUAAAGAAUAAACUAGGUAGAAAAAUGGUUAGAAGAAAGAACCAUUGAAAACUGGGACACACAGAAGGUGGAGAAAGACAAGAAGAAAAAAUGACAAAUCACAAGAUGAUGGCAAACCCUCAAAAGAUGGACUAACAUGACUAACAUGGUCAGGAACCAAGGAAAGAUACUGAUGUAAAAUCAAAACAAGAUUUAAAACAAUGAAAACCGUGGCAUGAUCACUAAUCAUCUCAGAAGAUUCUUCUAACUGAUUGUAGACAGUGUCAGACCUGGAGCUGGAGGUCUGUUCUUAGAGCCAGAGAAAUAAUGAAUUUUUAAUAUCAUGUUUUUAUAGAUCACAUUUCAAGCUUUUUUAAUUGGUCAACUAGACGAACAUGUUUUGUUUUUAAUUUUUUGUAGCUAGCAGGUUCUCGUUCUCUGUGAGCUCUACAGUGUUUUGUGUAAAUUUGAAACACUAAUUUGAAGAGAACAGCUGUUGUAUUUGGGAGCAGAUUGGUGCUGAUUGUACAGAAAUAUAAAUACAUAGAUUUAUAUGUAAAAGCUUUCUAUAUGAUCGUGUACAGUUUGUAAAGAGCUUUUUUGUCGAGGAUUGAUCUUCAUACAGAACUGUUUAUCUUUAUUAUAACAGAGGUGAUAGAGACAAAAUCAGUGCAAUUCAGAUUCUGCUUUUUAUUAGGUAAUAAACAGCAUUGGAACUAUUUUCUCACAGGAAAAAAAUAAAGCUUUUGUACUCUUAAAAAUCUCACUUCUAUUUUUCCACAAAAGGAAAUAUUGACACUUUUUGUGUCAGCUUUGUGGUACGUUGUACAAAAGAAAUGUCUGAUGUGUUAAUAAGUCACUUUUUCAGUGUGACGCUGUUCACUAUGCUUUCACUUUCUAAGUGUUACGACCUGCAACUGUUUUCUAAUACAUGAAAAUAAAUUUCCUACUUUUGAAACCUCAAA